AUGGCGACGCUUUUAGUGGCUAAACGAGCUUUCUCGUUGGUGCGGCGACCUAUACUCCCUGUUAAACAAAAUUUGGUAUUGGCUAGAGGACUAUCACUUUCUGGCUACAGAAAUAGUGAUGAGAGCUUGUUUUCAAGGAUGUUGGGCCUAGGAUCCGUAGAAAAGGCAACAGGUUAAUUUGGAAUGCUGCAUGUUGAAUCCCUUUGAAAUUAAAGACAAUCUAAAUUCGUGAUUUCUUAUUUUUAAAAAAUAUAAAAAACAAAUCAUAGACUAAGAUUUUGUUCUUGUAAAUUCAAACUGCCUGAUUAAAUUACGGAAAAAAGACUUCUUAUCCUAUGAUUUGUUUUAAAUUUUCUCGUAAAAUAAGAAAUCCUUUUUCUUCAACUGAGAGAUUUGGAGCAAUCGCGAAUUUAGAGUGUAGACUUAAUGUACAUAAGUUUUAAUUAAAGUUUCUUAGAGUUUGCAUAUAAUUGUUGCUUCUUUUUAUAUUAUCAUUUCCAGAUUUAUGUAAAUUUUUCAUUUCUUAUAACUUUGUUAUUAUUCCUUCGGAGAUAUUAACAUUAAUAAUCUGAAGUGAAUGAAGUUUUCAUUCAUCCUGGGAUUCAUUUAUUCAACAGAUGCGCACUCGAAGGUGUUGGCAGGAAGGGACACAUUAUAUGAGUUUGAGUGUAAGUUUACUUGACUUUAAACUCUAUAGUCCAACAGAUUGCUAUGUGGGCAUUGGAGGUGUGUUGUUUAUGUAGUUUUAUCAAGGUUUGGUAGCAUAGGCUUUGACUGCAAUCUUUUGAUAACCAGUCCUACAUCCCUGAUGCAUAAAAAUCCCCAAAGAGGCACAAUUAUUCAUGUCAUGCGUCCCAUAUAGGUAGGCAUCCCAUAUUGGCAAAAAUUUUAUCUUUAGAAUCACUUAAAUUUUGCAAUUUUGCAUUUUUGCCUUCCUAAAGACUCUGAAUGGAGAAAAAAUGAAUGGUGGAAAAUGUGUUUUUGUAAACGUUUCAGUGGUGAUAAACUCGUUCUUUCUUGAUCAUUGACAUAAUGUGAGUGACUUAAUUCACUUAAUUUUCGCGUCAUGUAAUGUUCGCGACACUUACUGUUUGUGUCACUUUAAUUUCCCUUUCUUUUGUAUCACGAAAUUCACAAAAUUAACGUGUCGCGAAAAUUUCAUAUAAUAAGGUAGUUCAUGUAGCCUGAAUUUCAUCUGACUGCUUCGAGUCGUUUUCUCCUCUCAGCAACGUCUGAAUUGAUUAGCCGUUAAUGCCAUCCAGUGAUGUCACUACUACCCGAAAACCGGGUAGUGAUUUUGAUUGGUUGAUUGUCUAAAUUUGCAUUAUUAUGUACAAUUAUGAUGAAUUUUAGCGGAAUUGUUGCUUGAUAUUCAGCGGAUCGCAUCGGUGGCAUGCUUGCGUGGAGUUCAAACAUUUCGAUAAUCUUUAUCGUAAACAGAAAAAUUGCCCGGCUUGUCUUUGAAACUGAAUUUGAACUGCGAAUGAAAAAUCAUUGCGGAGAGUCGGUAGGUUUUUCAUUUAGAGCCGCUUUGUGGUUUCCGCAGUGAUUUUGUUUAUGCAAAGUUGCUGAGACCAAUGUCAUGUUAUUCUACCUUCUUCCUAUUUUCAACGUCAAGUGUGAUGAUUCUGUCAGCUUUUCUUUCUUGUUUCCUUGUUUUCUUUUUUCUUCAUUAAGGACCAAAUAGCUUCUUUUCAAUUAAAGUAAAUAUUAUUGUUGUGUUUUUGAACUAAGUGUUCUGUGUGUGUUUUUACUUCACUACAUGAUUGCGACCGAGGUUGAAUUACAACCGCUUCAGAGUACUGCAUGCAGUUGAUAGUUUGAACGUUAAACAUGAAUUACGAUCGAAAAGAGUAAAGCAAUUCUGUCAGCUGUUCUGUAUCAUGUAGACAUUUCUAAACGAUAUUUCUUGCUUUGCCACUUGAAAAUUAUGUCUUACUUUUUGCGUGAAUUAAAGCGAAGGAGUAGUGACAUCACUGGACGGUAUUAACGGCCGGUCGAUUCAGACGUUACUGAGGCAGUAAUAACGACUCGAAGUAAUCGGAUGAAAUUCAGGCUAGUAGUUCAUGUAAUUUCUGUGGCAGUUAUUAUGGCUGUUGUGUAAUGAUGAAUAUUUUAAUAUUCUCUUUUUGCCUUUGUUGCGCUUUAAAAUAGAAGGACUAUAUUUAUAAUUCAGUGUACUGUAAUUCAGAGGUUUGGAGUCUGUCUUCAGAUUAUGUGUCUGGUUACAUAAAGGCCCAAGCAUUUCCAGUAGACCUGCACUGUUCUAAACCUCUUAUUUCACUGGUCCCCUUUAAUCUGCACUUCCAUUGAUUUCAGGGAUAGGGGCAUUGUUAUGUGACAAUCCCUAUUGUUUUCCCAGCUAAUCAAAAACAAUCUUUCAGAUAGGUGCGGGAUCGCCCAGCAUUUCUGGACUGGGACUCAUGACUUGGCAGAAGAUGAGUCCCAGGACUCCCCAUAGCUAUUAGUAACAAAUCACUGAAUAACUCGUGAACUCUGAAGUUGAAAAGCCAGCUAACACACAAAUGGCGUUUUUUUGCUGCUAUCAAUCAUAGGAUCACAAGCUAGUAACAAUUAACCCUUGAAAAACAGAAACACACAAAAUGAAUUGAAAUCUCCCAAUCACAACUCACAUACUAUGACCUUUGUUAACUCAUUGAAGUAAACUUCCCCUUUCUGAGAGGUUUGCUUGUUGUUUGCUUAUUGACAGCAGCAAUCAUUCCUUGCUGUUAUAAAAUUGUUGCAAGACGUGUUUAUUUCUGAUGUAAUUUCACCUUACAGGCCAAUAUUUUUGCAGCUUGUAUUCCAACAAAAUUGAUCAAGGACAAGUUGUGAGAAAAAUUGCCCUGGCUUGUAGAGACUACUUGGUGGAAAUAAUCUCUUCAUGCAGGCCAGUUGGCUAAUAAAACCAAUUUUUAAUGUAAAAAAUGCAUUGUAGAAUUUAAUAUACCGCUUUUGUUUCUUCUUUCUCUAUAGUUAAUGAUGUAAAACCAGAGUGCAUUGAAGAAUAUGUGUCUUUGGUGUAGGUAUUUAAUCUGAUAGAUUGUUUCAAAACAUUAAUAAUUAAAUUUCAUUACUAAAUACUUUCGUGUUUGUUAGUACCCUGUUUUUCCAUUGUGUGAAAAUGAUAUCCCCUGGCACAUGAUGUUUUUUAUAAGGAAUUUGGGGCAAGAGUCAGACUUAGUUGAUGUACAGGUACAAUGUAAGUGUUACAGAUCAAAAUUACAUUCAGGUUAAAAUUUUUUAACCCAGGUGAAUCUCCAUUUACUUUGCCUCCUAGACUGCAAAACAGUCGGGUUUUUUUGCAAAAUCAGUAACGAAAUCUGUAAAGCGUGCCGUAAGAGUCUUACGUACGUGAAGCGUGCAAGCCUCACACUCCCGUAACGUCUCUCCUCAGGUCUCGCUCUCUGUUUUCAACCUCGUUCCAGACCUUCUGUUUGACUGUUCACGCAUACUUGAAUACGCAAAAAUACGGAUUGUUUUGCAGUCUAUUUGUCUCCUAGCCCUUAUUAUUCAUGAAAUUCCUUGUGAGUUUGGGGAAGUACAGUGUAUUAUCUUGCAGUUCAAUUUUAUUCUUGAUUCAAAUUUUAUUUUCCUUUGUGUAAAACUUAUUAUCAUACACAACCAUACCCAAAAGCAAAGCAAACUAAAAUAAUUGAUCAAAGGACAAUUCAGGCCAGUUUAAAGUUCCAAAAAGUCCUCACUUUCAAUAUGAGAAGAGGUGCAAAACUUUAAUAUGAAAAUGAAAUUUUUGGAAUGAGAAUUAAAAACUAUUUUGAUACGAAAAAAUGUACUCUUACCUAACUUCGAAAAAGAGGCGUGAGACAACUCAGAAAUGGCCUUUAGAACCUCAAAAUAUACAUCUACUUUGGAAUAAAGUAUGGACUUUACUAAAAAUAAUUUAUGGCUUAUUGGAGUGUUUUGUUUUUGCUAUCUUUUUCAGAGGAGAAUUUAUACCAAAACUAAGUGAAGACAAACAGUUUCCUGGAGAAUUAUGUGGAGCCUGGACAACAAUGUUUGGAAGACUUGAUCAAGCAAGUGAGUGUACAAAACUUUUCGCUGCUCAAUUACUUAACCCAUUCACCCCUGGAGAUUUUGCCGAAAAAUGCGUUUUCGAGCUAGUAGAGCUUUUUUCUGGUCACUGUCUGCUAUUGAGAGCUAAAACUUACCACAAAGUACUUUACAGGUCAUACACUUCGCAGCCUUCUGAUCUGGAUACAAAAUAUUAGUUUGUGAAGUUCGGGCAUGUGCAGAAAGCAAAAUCUUGAGAUAGUGUUUGGGUUUAAAAGUGACACAGGAGUCUUGACUUUUACUUUUCACUUUCUCUCCUCCCUCUUUUUUCGCUUUUCUUGCCUCAUUUUGUUUUCUUUUGCUGGGCAUUUAAUAGGCUUCAUUUUGGUGGGAAAAGUUUUUAGGAAAGGUUUUAGGAUCUUAGGAUUUGACGAAAGGAAAGGUAGAUGGGUAGUGGAACAAGAUUUUCAUGGCAAUUUUCCGGUCAACGUGACUUGGUUUUUUGCCUUUUUCUCCAGUGUCUUUGACUGAAUUUUGCUCAUUCUGGUAUGGUUUGAAAGAUCCCUUCACUCUGCACACAGUAGUAGACAAAGUGAUCCUUGACCAUUAAAACUAAUGACAUCACAAGCGGUAGAAGGGAUGCGGAUCCGCACGGGCGGGCACGGGUGGCUCAGGGCGAAUGGGUUAAUAAGAUACAUAUUGUGAUGAAAUCACUGUAACAGUGAUGAUGAUGGUGAUGGUGGUGGUGAUGAUGUAAUUGCCAUCAUCCAAAGGUUCAGUUCAGAAGCUUUUACUGCAUUAACAUACCUCAAAAAUAACAAAAUAAAAAAACAUGUGGGAUUUAAAUAAUGUGACUUGGAUUGUUUUGAUUCAUACUUUUUCCUCAAAUGAUGGUAAAUACAGAAUAUGUUUUCAUUCCCCAUGUGCACUUGUCCCACUAACCAACCUUAGAAAUUCAUUUUUAGUAUGAACUAAACAGGACAUUUUGCAUAUCAUUAUUUGAAUGUUUCACCCUCCAGCUCUUAAAAGAACUAGAAAUUACCCCCACUAUCCUUCUGGUAAUAUGUACAAAUCAGUUUUCACCGCCGUAGCCAGUAUGAGGCGAACCGAGGCACUCGCCUCGGUAAAAUUUUACCAAAUACUGUCGAUUUUUAUUUUUUUUAUCAGACUGAUAAUAUUAGAAGAUUUCAUACCGCUGAUUUCGUACAACGGACCGUGUGUUCGCCUCGGUUGUAGUUUCUUCCUGGCUACGGCCCUGGUUUUUUGUUUAGGGAGGUUAAUUCAGGGAUAUGUCUAGGCAAGCUUUUCUUGCCAUGUUCUCCUUCAUGUUUUUAUAACAGGUGUUAUGCAUUUACUUACAAUAGUUAGUGUGUUUGUUUUUGUUUACAGUCCACCUUUGGAAGUACACAGGUGGGUACAAAUCAGUUGUAAAGGCCAAGCAGUACAUCAGAGAAAACAAGGUGUGUUUCGUUAUUAUUGAAAAUAUUUGACUGAAAAUUAUGUAAUGUUAUUGUACAUUGUACACUGAAACCUCCAGUAUCAAAGACGUAAACUUAUUAAAAUGGUCAACACUGAACAGAAUGAUUUACAUUUUAAUGUACAGUUGAUAAUGAUUAUAACUGGUGCAUAGAGCAUGUUUUGUUAAAAAAUAAGUAAAUCAAGUCUUUCGUCUCUGGCAGUCCUCUGAUUUCAAGUGGGGUCUUUACAGUGUUAAGCCUGUGUACAGACACUUCCUCCCCUAACAAAAAAUCGGGGAGAGAGACGUCUCAAGAUGGCUUUAAAUGUCACCAACAUGAAUGAAAUUUAAUUCAUAAAUUUAACAUUAAGCAUUUCCUACCCAUGAACAGUAAGAUUCUGUAGAUUUCAAAUACACUUUAGUAUAGAUUUUUAUGACUAUCGCUUUAAUUAGGUAAAUGAACUGUUAUAAUUCACUAGUAAUGGACUCUACCUGAGUAAAAGCAGGGAGCUUCUUUAGUCACAUAUGACUUUAAUACACCUUGUUACUUUUAUUACUUUAUUUCUUUACAAAGAUCAUGUUUGUUUUAGUUAUUCAUGUAAAUGACUUGUAGGACUUUUUUUAUGAACAAUAUUUAAAUCUGUAGAUCAAUAUUAAAUCAAUAAGUUAUUUAUUUUGUUUUUAGGAAUUCCUUGAGUUUGCUCGAAAGAGGCGUGUCAUGUUGAACAACAGAGAGAACCAGCUUCUUUACGAGUUCAGUUUCUUUGGAGAACCAGAACCUCGGGAACCCAGCCACAUUUAUGAACUUAGAACGUAUUAUUUGAAGGUAAUUCCUGUCCAAUGACUUGGAAAGCUGUUCAUGGAUUAACCUUUAAUUCCCAAGAGUGACCAACAUAAACUUUCUCCCAACAACAUCACUGCACAAUGAAAGAAAAAGUUAAGAGAAUUUUAAAAAAAUAUCAACACAGAGCAAAUGCUUUGAUCUUUUAUCCAAGUCUCUCAACUAAUUCUUUAAAGAAAUGUAUGGAGGUUCGUGUGGAGAAUUUGUUUGUGGAGAUUGGAGCUUAAAGGGCUAAGUAAAAAACUGUUAGGUUUGUUUCCUUUUCUUGACCACUGACUGCUUAUUGUUUAAUGUCCUUUUGUCUAUAGCCUGGAACCCUCAUUGAGUGGGGAAACAACUGGUGAGACUUCUUUUUCGUUAAAAUUCAAUUUUUUCUAUUGUUAUUACAAUGAGUUCUUCAGUAAGCACCCUUUCAUUGCCCCUCUUCUUAUCCUAAACUACAGAUUAAUGAUCAUAAUUCACUUCUAGUUGUUUCUUAUCCUAAACUACAAAUUUGCAGAUAACAAAAUUUUAUAUUAGAUACAUUUUAAUGUGCAAGUACAACUUAACAAAGAGCGAUUUGUAUUGCUUUAUACACAGGUUAAGUAUUUUUAUUUGUACUUUUGAUGUUACAGUAUUAUUAUGGCCAUUUAGUAGGCCAAAACGUUAGAGGAUUGCCAGUUAGCACUCUGAUGCCUGCCUUACCCUAAAUUGUAUGAUCACUGUCUAUCAGUAAGAUGCUUAAAACAUGGAAAAAUUUUACAGGGCCCUUUUAACUUAGAUUAAAAAAAACUAAGCCUUAGCCUGUCACAUUCAUUACAACACGUAAAUGUACCUCAAAUUCAGUUGGUAAUAGACGUUAAGAGGUAUUUUUAACAAGAAAAAGGCCUUGAAUGUAUUGAGCUGCUUAACCCGGCACCUUUUCCUAUUUAAAUAUUACUAACUUAUAAGUAUAUCCCCCAUUAACCAGUACCAGAUUUAAAAAAGGUUGAUAUAAAUGAUCCUCAAGUUUACUUUAAUUUAAAAGGAAAUUUGUUUCAUCAUUGGUAAAUAUUAUUUCCAGGGGAAAGGCUAUUUUAAUCCGUCAGCAGGAAGAUGAUGCUGUUGCAGGGCUUUUUUCUCAAAUAGGUGAACUAUAUGUGGUUCAUCACAUAUGGGGUAAGUGCUUUCUUUGUUUACUAGAAUAGCUCCCUUCCUGAUAAACUGUGGCUGUAUUUUGCUUUGCUGUUAGACUUUUUCAUAUAAUAUGCUAUUGCAACAUAUUAUGUAACAGUUUUCUGGCAAUGAAAUGCUUUGAGACAUUUACAACAGUUACUGUAUUGGAAAGUGUAAUUGACUGGUAACAGGAAUUUGUCAGUUAAGACUGGGACAUGAAAGUGAGAUGUUUGGUUUAUUUGUUGUCUACAGCUUAUGAUGAUCUUGCAACCAGGCAGGAGAUCAGGCACAAUCUAUGGAACAGGCCUGGAUGGGACGACUGUGUUGCUAACACUGGUAAAGAUGUUUUCCUGUGGACAUCAUUUUUAAUAACAGGGUUCUGUGUAACAGAAAUUGACUUACAUUUAGACUUGGUUGUGAGGCAGAGGUGCCAAGUGAAAGGAGUCUAGAAAGACCUGAAACAUUAUAAAAUAUUAUAUGGAAUUUUAUAUGGAAAUAAGGAGGACACCUGCACUCCCCCCUCUUCUUCUUGUCUUCCCUCCCAGUAAAGUUCCCCCACCACAAACCCUUUCACUUUCCAAGAACUAUAUGAGAAAGAAAACUAUUGGCUGAAAAUGAAAUAUCAUUAGAUUAGUACUCUAUUUUGCCAACAGGAUUUGGCAAAGCAUUAUAAUUUGCAAGCUUAAAUUAGUUCAAAAGAGCAGGAAUAUGGUGGGGACAGGUUGGGUGUUCUGGAGGCAUGGGUGUCUCAAGACAACCUCGACUAGAAAAUGAGCCUACAUGCACCUUCUUAUAAGCAGUGCAGGUUCAACAUGACUGAAACUAUUAACAACUUGUUUCUUUUUUCCUUGUUCAGUUCCACUUAUCCGGCGAAUGGAGUCUAGAGUGAUGAUCCCUUUGCCAUUUGGACCUCUUCAGUAGAUAAACAAGUUCAAUUGGCGGAACAUUGAAUCAUUGUAUACAUGUUUGAGAUAAUGCUGAAUGCCAACAGUUGCAUUUUUGUAACCCAUUUAAUUUGCCAAACUGAUGAAAUUUCAGCAUUCUAUACACCUUUUGGUGGUAAAUGCAAUAGGAAGCCUUGUCACUCAACAAUCAAAUUAAUAUCAUGCAGUUUUAUGUUUAUGGGCAAGAUUUUGGGAAAGAGGUGUAAAAUAACUAAACCAAAAACUUGUUUACUAUAAUGUAAAGGAACUACAAGUUUCUUCAGAAUGGCAGUACCAAAACAACCUCUCAAAGUGAUUUAUAGUAGCAGGCAGGCUAACAAAAUUAGUAGGCAGCAAGGACCACUGAUACAUAAGUUUUAAUAGGUGAGGAUAACGUACUGGUAAUUCUUGUAAGAAGAAGGUGGCAAGUAAUAUUUGCAGGAGGCUAAAAAUAGCAGACUUCUGGGAUAUUUAUAAGGGCUAUAAAAGAGGAACUCUCAUGUUAUCAAUUUUGUUUGUUUUUUUUUUUGGUCUUGUUUUCUUUGUUUGUUUUUGGAGUAGUUUCUGUGAAAUCAUCACUUUUUUACUUACAUUAAAUUAAGUAAACAUUCCAUCAGUGUUGCUUUAUUUUGGUAUAUUUGGAUCUUUAAGGUAUAUUCACAAUACCACCUGACAUUUAUAAACCUUUGCAUUGUGUUCUUUCUGCAAUGGAGGGUGCAUUUGGAUGGAAUUAAAAUGAAAAUUUGGUUUCCAUCUCAAAGUCUGUCCUGGGGUUUUAGGGCACAACAUUUAAAAAACUUUGUCAGAGUCUUUAAGCCUUUAAGUACCAAGAGCGGCUAACAUCAGUUUUCUCCUAACAUUAUCGAUAAAAGAUCAAGAUAUAAGGUUAUGAGAAUUGAUAAAAUGAUCAUUAAAGGG